UUGCUAGUUUUGGAACAGAACUCCUUAUUGCUGCUUUAAGAUCGAAAAAAAAUGGCAUUUGCAAACACACUGGACAGCAGUGUACUGGAAAAGUUGUUUAAGGGUUUACAAUGUCAUAUUUUUACCCUGAAGAACUUUGAGAGUGCCAAUCAGACAGCUUUCAAGUGACAACACUUUAUGUGAUGGAAAAGAUUUUGCCUUCUAAUCAGCCAUUUUUGCUUUUGUCAGCCUUGCUAUAGCCUUUUAGCUUUGAUUCAGAGGAACAUGUCAAAGUCUGAGCAAUCUCAACCUUGAUAGCGCUCACCUUAAUAGCGCUCAGAUGGCACUGUAGAGAUUGCUAUCAGAAACGUAAGGGUCUGGCACUUAAAUAUGUAAGGACAGUGCAAAUAUCUGACAGUAAAAAGGCAUAAUUAAUUGCAGAGAUAUACAGUAUAGGUAAGUUAUGCAGAGUUAGGAAACCUCAGAGUUAUCUUUCUGGUUUUAUAAGAGUUGGCAUCCAAACUCGCACAUCACUUUAUGUUUUCCUAAAAUGAACUCUACCCCCAACACCACUGCCCAUCCCCACUUCUUAUGACAUAGUACGUGCCAGGAAUGGCCUGAUGAAAAUAGACUUCGGGCCCAUGUGGGUGUAGAAGAUGGGAUAUUCUUGAGCAACACAUGCCAAUCUCCAAGCCAAGUAAAAUUUCUGUUGGGUCAACACUACCCCACCUUGUUACACACGCGGUGUGUGUGUCUGUGGUUUAUGACUCCUGGCCACAGUCACAACUCUGUGUGUCUGUGUGUGUGUGGAAAUAAAGUACAGCUGUUAUCUCUAAGGAGGAAGGAGUGAGUUCCAUGCGCAGGCAGUGGCUCAGAUGAAGCACAUGUGGCGUUACUGUGGCUCGACUUUCCCUAGUGGCGUAGCUCUUCUGCAAACCAACAGUUUUUUAGGUGAAGGAGGGAGUCAUGGGAUUCUUGAGUAGGACAUGGCUUCUGCUUCUUCUUCUCCUGGGUGUAAAGAUAACUCUGGGCUUGGAGAGACAGACGUGUGAGGUACCGCCGGAACAGAAGUGUGACUUUGUCUGUGACUGCAGCGACUGUAGUGAUGAACUGGACUGUGGCUACAGUGGUCCAGAGUUUGUGUGUGAUUUUGAGCACCCAGAUGUUUGUGGCUGGACAGAAGGCUCCACUCAAGAGCUGCACAGGUGGGAGAGGAGGCAGAGAGGGACCACGCUCCCUGACAGUGGCCCCUCCUGCGACUACACCACUGGCACUGAUUCAGGCUGGUUUAUGGGCGUGACGUCUGUAAACAGUGACAGCAGUCACACUGCCCUGCUGAAGUCUCCCACGAUGCAGCAGUCUUCAGCCACGUGCCGUCUGCUCAUCCACUACUUCAUAUGGGACUCAGGCCACACAGACUUUGAGGGUUCCCCACUGUGGGCAUCUAUUUUGGGGACAGAUAGCCAGCAGGCCGUGGUGUGGAGGCCUGAGAGCACCAGCAUCCGUGGGUGGAGGGAGGCCACUGUGUUCCUGGGCCGCACACACACCCCCUUCCAGGUCCAGCUGCACUCCGCUCGGAGCCAGGGACUCCGUGGAGAUGUGGCCGUAGACCAGCUGGAGUUCUGGGACUGUGCUCUGCCGAGCGCAGGUGCAGGCGCAGGUGCAGGCUGUCUGCAGGGGUGGUUUGAGUGCGCGAGGGGUGGCUGUGUGGAGGGGCGGCAGAAGUGCGACGGAACAGAUGACUGUGGCGACGGGUCAGAUGAGGCGAAGUGCGACGGCUACUGGUUCUGCGACUUUGAGGCGGAUCUAUGUGGCUGGGACCUGAGAACCCCCUCGCCUCUCAAAUGGAAAGUUCUGGGUCAGGCAAACAUCUCCCUCUCGGAUCCUUUGAGGGGGCCAGGGCGAGAUCACUCCACCAACAAGGCCUCAGGUCAUUUCCUCUACCUGACAAAGCCUGAUGAUUGGACCACACUAAAAUCAGACUGGUCAUCGUUUCAAAGUCCUCUGCUUGAACCAACCAAUAGCACACACCCCUGCAAGAUGGUGAUGUACACACAUCAGUUUGGCCCGCGCUGUGGGGGUCUGUCGGUGCUCGUUGCAGGGGAGAAGAUCUACCCGGUAUGGGAGCGCGGGGGUUCGCUGGGAGACCUGUGGGUCCGUGCUGAAGUGGACUUAGUCAUCAACAGCACCUUUCAGAUCCUGUUUACAGGUGCCAUUCGAGACCGGGAAUAUGGGGGCAUCGCCAUAGACAACAUCAUGCUGUCGCCUGGCUGCCGCAGGUCAAAUGGUACAGCCCCUAUACCAUCCUGGCCGGAACCCCCACCACAUCCCUGCACAGAUAAACUUGAGCAGUUCUGUGACUUUCACCCAGACUGUCAAGGAAAGGAGGAUGAAGCACAGUGUGGGGACUUCUCCUAUGCCCAGGGCAGCUCUGGUUGGACAGACACCAGCAUCGGCAGUCAGGGCUGGAAGCUAGCCAAUGACACUGGAGAGAGGUACUUGUCAGUUGUAGAAGCCCCUGGUCAGCAGCUGAGUGAAGCCCAGACACGUACUCCUCUUCUGGGGCCCUCCGGCCCCUCCUGCUCCCUCUCCUUCUCCUACCGCCUCACAGGCAAAAACCCACACAUUGGUGAUCUCUUUCUGAGUGUAGUGGACAGUGUGCUGGGCCCCCAGCCCAGGUUGUGGGAGUUCAGUGGGAGCACUGAGGACUGGAGGAUCCAGGAAGUCUACAUCGGGGCUCGCAGUCAUCGCUUCCAGCUUGAGUUCUCAGCUCGUGCCAAACAGCUUAGCAACGACUCCCAUAUUGUAGUGAAAGAUGUCCGCUUUCUCAGCUGUCAUGCCGACAACAUCCCCUCCACUCCCUCGGGCCUGUGGUGUAACUUCGAGGUGGAUCUGUGUAGCUGGUACCAGGAUCAAACUGACAACUAUGACUGGAAACGUCUAACAGGGAUGGACCACACCAUUUCUGUUGGCUCUAGUAUGGUGGUGGAGAUGUGGACUCCAUCUCUUCGUGGACUGUCCGGCCGGCUGCUCUCAUUUUCUCAGCCUGCCACCACUAAAAGCUUCUGUCUGUCCUUCUUCUACAAGCUUUACGGCCCACACACAGGCGGUCUAAAUGUGAAGCUACUCCAUGCGGAUGGGGCAGAGGAGUUGCUCUGGGCUCGAUCCGGUGCCCAUGGCAACAGAUGGCAUGAGGGGUCGUGUACAGUAUAUUCUCCAUUCAAUUCCUACCAGCUGGUGUUUGAAGCACAGCGCUCUGCCUUUGAUGGCCUGGUUAGCAUAGAUGACAUCACGUUUGUGCCAGGCCUGUGCUCGCUGCCCAGCAUGUGCUCGUUUGAGGGGCAGGAGUGUGACUACAGCAGCAGUGGCACUGCCCUAUGGGUACGCCAGCGCGCCAGCUCGGCAAACGGCCCCAAAACAGACCACACCCUGGAGACCGAUAAUGGUUUCUACAUGGUGGCCAACACUGGAGCAGACGUUCUUCCUCAAGGGAGUGUAAGCACCCUCACCUCAUCGGUCCGCCCAGCCACCUCACACACAGAGUGUGUGCACUUCUGGUACCACACGGGAGGGGAAAACUCUGGUUCUCUGAGUGUGUAUGUGAAGCCCGAGGCUGGGAACAGGGUGAAGGUCUUCACCAAUAGCAUUAGCCAGGGAGACGUGUGGCGCCAUGGCAACGCCAACAUCAGCAGCUCUCAGAACUUUCAGGUGGAGUUCGAGGUGAAGGGGGCAGGGGGACAGGGGUCCUACAUCGCCGUUGACGAUGUGAUCUUCUCAGUACACAGCUGUCAUGCUAAGGGUGCAGUUUGUGAUCUGGAGCGAGGGCUGUGUGGCUGGUCUAACACCCAGAGUGCAUCUCGGGAUGAGCUAGACUGGGAUGUGACCAGUGCCUCUGAAGAAUUUCGCCUGCCCACUCCACAAGAAGAUCAUACACUGAAGACUGAGAAAGGUCAUUUCCUGUUCCUGCCCAGUACUGCUCGGACUCCCGCCUCCUCAAAGGCCUGGCUGCUGAGCCCCCACAUGCUCCCUACCGACAUGUCCUGUCUGCGCUUCUGGCUUCAUAGGCAUGGCAGCUUUGGCAAACUACGGGUGCUGCGUCUAGCGCAGGGGCUGGAACAUGAGCUGUUCGUUGUGGGGGAGGGUGACAGCUCUAACUGGAUAAGACAUGACCUCAAUGUAACCUCUGCUGAGGAGUUCCAGAUUGUAUUCGAGGGCACCACUGGAACUGAGGGUGUGACAGCCCUGGAUGAUAUUGAGUUCAGGGAGGGUGUAUCCUGUUCUGAGAUCAUCAUGCCACUCCCCACCCCCCGUCCCCCAAGUAAUGCGGGAGGCAUCGCUGCGUCCAUCAUCGUGGUGCUGAUGCUGCUGGCGUCAACGGCGGUCAUCUUGUAUUUCUACCUGCGGGUGCGGGAGAAGGUCGCGGCCAGCACUCAGGGCCCAUCUGAGAUUAGUACCGGAUUCAGUAAUCAACUUUAUGAUACAGGUUCAACGCAGGCCCGCGGAUCUGCCUCUUCCAGCCAACCACGUGUGGAUGUGAUCGGUUUCGGUAAUGAGGUCCGAGGAGACACCAUAGAGAAACCUUGAGUGGGUGGUAUAAAUGUGGUUUUACCGCCACCUACUGGUGACCUGUGUGCCUGUGUCAUGAUUUUACCACCAACGGUCUCUCUGGGACAGUCGGACUCAGAGGAUGAGAUCUGAUGCCUUGUUACAUUCUAACACAGACACACACAGUGGGCUGGUGCUGUAGAUAAGUACAGAUAAAUGUAGAUAGUCUUUAAUGAAGAAUGAAGCAAUCCAGUAGUUACUCAGUUACUCGGACUCCAAACUGCAGUUCUAUUUUUCAAUGUUGUUUUUAGUCUUACCUAUACUUACACAUUGAGUUGAAGGUAAAUACAUCAUGUGAUUAUAUUUUCUGAUGUACUAUGUGAUGCAUGUAGCACAAUAACACUUUAUUAGGGAUGCUAUUAUUCUUGUCUAGACAGUCCUAACUCUGAUCAUUGUGACUGCAUCAGUGACUCUCUCAUCUGUAAAGGACACAGAGGUCUUUAACUGAGAUGACUCCAAGGAGGAUCAGACAUAUGCAGUGCAGGUUUCAAAACGCUGAACAGGGGUUUUGAUAAAAAGAUAAGAACAGUGUGAGGAUGGAGGGAUAGUCUGCUGAGACUGUGUCACAGCGGGAUUGCAAGAAGUGGACAUGUGUGAGCUUCUUAAAUUGACAUGUCUGCAAUUCGAUUUUGGUUGAAUCAUACAAUAAAUAAUCAAUUCUGAACCCA